AUGGAAAUCUUUGGAAGCAGACAGCGAAGCGCGAGCGCGGGGGAUCGGACGGCUCGUGACCGUCUGCCUCUCAGCCGGGGCGGGAUCCCAGGCUGGUCCGAUGACGCGGUGGACAGUUCCCGGUAUGAUGAAGAAAUUUCCGACUCUGUGCAUGCCGACGAAGCACCGCACUUUGCCGCCAAAGGUGACACUCCAUCGAUGGCGUGGCAUGGUCUGUCGUCGUUGUCCACCUUGUUUGACAAAAAAGGACUUAAGCGCGUAGGAGUUCGAGGCAGGAAGAGGCGAGGAUCGGCAGACAGGCAGAGUCGUGAAAACACAAAAAGCUCGCAGACCAAGCACCGAAUGAUGGCGCUUCCCCUGGCGCGUCAAGAUAGCCAUCUUUCCGGUGGUUGUACACCUGCCUCUCCUACUGGGGGCUCGGCGAAAGUUUCGAGCAGCGGAGAGGCGUCCCCGGGGGAAAGGAGAGCAAGCGGCGUUUUGCGAUUUCUUCCGUUCGGCCCCCAGCACCUCCAACUCUUCCUGGUUUCCUACUUCUGUUACGCUGUCCUGUAUUCCACUCGAAAACCCUUUUCUGUGGUGAAAGAGGACGUCCACCGGAACCUCGGCUUGUCUACCUACUCCCUCGGGUGUAUAGACACCUCUUUCCUCGCCCUCUACGCAGUCGGCCAGUUCGUUCUCCCUCCAGCUCUCGCCAGUGUCCGACUGUCUGUGGGUCUGAGUGCGUGCUACCUCAUUUCCGCUGUUGCCACACUGGCAUUCGGCCUUUCCUCGUCUCCCUCCUCUCUCGUCAUCUGGUGGGGCGUCAAUGGUAUUGCGCAUGCAGCCGUUUUCCCGCUUCUUGUUAAAGCCUUGACCGAGCGCCUCUCCCAAGCAGAGCGCGGGAGAGCUAUGGGUCUCUGGACCACUAGUCAGCAGACAGGAGCGAUUGCGUCGACGGCCUUCGCGGCGUUCGUAGCGUCUCGGAUCGGUUGGCGCGCCGUCUUUCUUCUCUCUGCCCUCGUUUGCGGCCUGGCAACCUUCGUACUGUGCUCCUGCCUCCCGAGCUCUUCCGCGCGUGUGGUUCCGGGCGCGACCGACCGCCCCGUUUCGCUCUCUCGGCGGGACGCGUCUCGACGGAAGCGCCAGGGAUUCGCUCUGCUGCAGCAACCCGACUCGGACGACGAGUUCGAAGACGGAGACGAGCGCUCUCUGGCUAGCCCCGCGGCCUGCGAAGAAGAGACUGGAGACAAGGGCGGUGGGAAGUCUGAUGCAAGCAAUCCCCGGCGCGCGCACAGCGCGGCCUUUGUGCAUGGCGCACGCCAAAGCGGCGACGAAACCCGACAGCCGUUCUCGAAUUCCUCUCCACCUCUCUCUGGAUCUGCGACUGGCGAAACCGCCGGGGUCUCCCACCCUUCCUCGCCCUGUCCGUCUCCGACCUCUCUUCCUUCGCCAGUGGGGCGUUCCCCGGCCUCCCCGUCGGGCGGCGACGCAGCUGAGCUGAGCGCGGAAGAGGAGAGACUGCGGCAGCCAUGCGAGCUGUUUCGACAGAGCGGAGGGACAGGAGACAGCCUGGUGCUCGAGUUCUCCGACGACGGGUGGGGCGAGGCGAGCAAGCGCGAAACCUGCCGGCGGUCCGCAGGCGAGAGUCGCGCGGAGACAAGUUCCUCAACGAACGUGCCCCAGCCUGACCCGUUCUCUUCGCUCUCUUCGCCGUCGCCCUCCUCGUCCGUCCUCGAACUCGCCAUGUCUGUUCCGCACAUGCGCGGCGCGAAGAAGGUCCGCGGGCCCCAGCGGCUGGGCGAGCUCAGCGACGAAGAGGAGCGAGAGGGGGUAUCGCGCCUGGACGCUCGCACCGAGGAAGAAGGCCUGAAGGGACUGCAUGCGUCGCCGCGGCUGCGGUCGCCCUCGCCGUCCAAAGCGCGGCACCACGCGCAUGCAGAGAAGCUCGGGCAGCGCGCUUCAUCGCUCGUGCCGUGCCGUUCGGAGCCGAUUGCCGCCUCGUUCUUGUUCAUCGUCUGGAACGUCCCCUUCGUUUUGAGCUGCAGCUGUGCGUACUUUGUCAUCAAACUGAUUCGCUACUCGCUGCUCUUCUGGCUGCCCUUUUUCCUCGCGAAAGAAGCGCGCAUGCAUGCAGCCACUGCAGGAUACGCGAGCAUGAUCUUCGACGUUGGCGGCAUUGGCGGAGCCGUCGCCGGCGGCUUCCUCGCCGACCGCGUGAUGAAAGGUCGCCGUCUGACGUGCGCGACGACGAUGUGCCUGCUCACGGGUUUCUCGCUCCUUCUCUUGGCCUUCGCCUGCCAGCACCAGCAGACGCUGUUGCACCAUCUCGAGGAGGAGACUUCGCUGCAGGCGCGCGAGCUCGAGCACUUGCAGGAGACGCACCGCGCGACGCUGCUCAGCUUCCAGGAGCAACAGAAGAAGUCGCGCAUGCAACUCCCGCUCCGCCUGCAACAGACGCUCGAAAAGGAGGCGAACCGGAAGAAGCAGACGGAGGAGAGGGAGCGACGACCCGAAGCGAACGAGGAGAGCGGCCGAGACCCCCCUGGGAAGGCCCUCAGCUCCCUCCAGGCCGACACCCGCCAAGGGGGAAUUGAGAUAGAAAAGCGUGACGAGGGAGGGGAUAAAAAGGGAGAAAAAGACACAGAAAUCGGAAAGCAGGAGAGAGAAGACCGGGGGACGAAGCAGACGGACAGAGAUGAGAAAGGAGAACCAGAAGAACUCGGUGGAAACGGACGCGGAGAGCCAGAGACGCCUCCUUCCGAAGCGAAAGAACUCUAUGCUUCGCUUGCCUCUGCUGACCAGGCCUCGCAGCCUUCAGUGACACAUCGCGAGGCUUCACCCCAAGAGGACGUCGAGAAAGCACAGUUUGCCGCCUCCGCUUCUUUCCCAACUGCCCCUCUCAGUUCUCUUGUGGCGCCGCCGCUGUAUCCUGCGCGUGCCCCGCCUUCCCCGUUGGUUUCUCCCUCGUUCUCUCCUGCUUCUUCGCUGUCUCCCUCGUCCUCUCCUGCGUCUUCGCUCUCUCCCUCGUCCUCACCUACACCGUCGCUCUCUUCUCCCACUGCUCCUUCUUCUCUUUCUCCUGCUCCUACUCUUUCCCCUGCUCCUACUCUUUCUCCAGCUCCUACAAUUUCUCCUUCUUCUCUUUCCCCUGCUCCUACUCUUGCUCCUUCUUCUCUUUCUCUGUCUCCAGCGCCUUCUCUGUCUCCGGCACCUUCUGUGUCUCUUGCAUCCACGGACUUCAUGCACCACGUGGGUGGGGCGGGGCUGCCGGCUGUCGCGUCUUCGCUUUCGUCUCCUGCGCUCUCUGAGCUCCCCGCGGGCCGUGAGGCGUCAGUCCUUCCCUCGCCCUACGGUUUACGCACACCGGAAUCAGGCGCUGUUCUUCCGUCUCCACAUGUUGCGUUCGUGCCCUCGAGGCGACCUGAGGUACUCGCCGCUGGCUCUGCCUCGCUGUCUCAACAGGCUGCCUCUCCGUUCGCCGCCACGGCGGUCCGUUUCCCCCCUCAACAACUCCCUGCAGGACAGAUACCGCCUCUUCCAACUCCUGUGUAUGUGCAACCAGGCCAGGAGACUCCCGGGAUGUUUGCUGUCGCACUGCCGCCGAAUCCCCACGCGUCAGAUGCUCCGCUUUCCUCACCGUCCUUCCCUCCCGCAGGCCGGCCCUCCGGUCCGUCUUCUCUCCGCGUCAGUCCCGCCUCUCCCAGUAACGCUGUUCCUCUUCCUGCGGCUUCGCCUUCUACUCCGUCUUCGGCAGUCUCUGCAGCUCCUGCCGAUGCUCCGUCUCCUCUGUAUUCGCCUCCGGCGUCCCUCCUGUCUCCUCAGAGGCCUCUUUCGUCUGGCGAAAAUUCCCCACCGAGCGAGGGUCGCGCGCCUCUUCUGCCGGUUCGGAGCCAGGCACUUCCCCAGAGUCUGCCGUCUCCUGUUCCCCGACUCGAGCUGUCCCUGCUUCCUCCUCUUCCCGCUGUUGCGACUGUGGAAACCCUUCCCUCUCCACAGUUUCCCUCCUGGACGCCUCAAGCUGUACAGACACCUCAGUCUGCUCAGAGCGGCGUCUCGGGAGACGCGGGCGGAAUUCCUUCCCCACAAGAGCUUGCUCCCGCCGUCCUCUCUCCACUUCCGGCCCUUUCCGUAUCUCCCAUCACCCCGCAAUCUCCAAUCGAACUAUCGCCCUUAACCAACCUUCCAUCUUCACCAGCUCUUCCGUCUUCUGUGUCUUCUGUCUCUUCUCCCGUGUUCUUCGCGGGAGAGGUGAGAGACAACGAGCGCGUGCCUCUCCCCUCGCCAGGGACUUCUCCCCGGCGUUUGAGUGCGGCAGCGGAAGGAGAGUUGGAAAGAGACGAGCAGGAUCUAGGGGAACAGGAUUUGCUGGAACUGCGUCUGCCUGACGGGGCGGCGCCGCCGGUUCCGCUGCUCAGCCCCACCCCCGCAGAUCCCUCGUUCAGUGGGGAAGAGACAGGGAAGACAAGUCAGAGAGGAGUAGCGAACGCGGGCGAAGACGCAGGCACGUCUUUCCAGCUGGCGAACCUUCCGAGCAGAGGCGAGGGCGCGGGAAAGGCUCCGGGGAAAGAAGGCGAGUCUCGGGGAACGGAGCAGGAAGGCGGAGGUGGUCCCCCGUCUCGCGCGGAGUCUCUGGAGGCGAUUCCUGAGGCGGUGCUUUCCCCGGCGGUGGUGCGGAGCGAGGCGGAGAGACAGACGCGCGGCGAGCCGAGCGCAGCGAGCGAGAAGGAAGACUGGUUUCUCUCCAGUGCAGAGAAGACCAUUCGGCAGACGCAGGAAGACGAGGAGGCGAAACUUGUGGCGCAGCAAGAAGACGAGCGGUUGGCCUUGCUCGCGCAGCAACGCGAACGGCGAGAAAAGAAAGAAGAAGAAAGAUGGAGCGAACUGUACCGUCUCCUCUUCUUCAUGUUCGCCGUCGGUUUCUGCAUCGCCUCCCCCGACUCGAUCCUGGGUGCGACUGCCGCCCAGGACUUGGUGGAGAGAGGCAACGUCGCGUCCGGUCCCAGCAACGAGAAGGCUCUGGCGGUAGUCGCCGCCUUCAUCAACGGCAUGGGCGCCGUAGGUGCUCUUCUCCAAUCCUCUCCGUCUUCCGACCUCAGUUUUGUUGGCGGUGCGCUGCGUCUUCAGGGUGUAUGUACAGCGACGGUGACGGAGCAGUUUGGCUGGGACGCGCUGUUCGGGACGCUUUGCGUGUUGAGCAUGGCCGCUUCUUUGCUUCUGCUGCCGGCGUGCCUGGAGGAAGGCCGUUCGCCGUGCUCUCCGUCUGGACCUCGCCGCGCGCGUGGUGUCACCUCUCGCGGCUCCUGUCGCUUCUGGCGAGCGCAAGGCAGCGACGGCCUCUCAGAGGGGACUAUGCGAAGAAAAACUCCGCGGCCGAUCCGGGCUGAGCGCGGUGCGGCGAGACUCCGCGAAGACGCGAGCGCCAAACGCGGAGGGAAACGCCGAUCUUUGGGGAAUGAGAAGUCCGUGCAGAUGACGCCAGUGUGCACGCGAAUGGAGAGAGACACAGACGGCAGGGAGGUUGUGUGA